GAGGAGAGGAUCAGACCUGAUGCAACCGACAUGAUGUCGGUCUGUUCAAGACUUUCCCUCAGAUUUUGAAAUUUUAUUUUCAUUAUUUUAUUGGUUUGGUGAGACUCCCAUGAUAGGUAUCCAUUUACUAGUACCUCUGGAGAGUCCGUAAAUACACGAAACUCAAUCUGAACUAACUUCGCCAUUUUCCAGUAGCCAAGCCUCUCAGCCUUUCACCAAGAUGAAUGGUCGGUAUGUGCAGCCAUUGUUGGACAGGACAUCAAACUUCAUAUACAGUUUUGAUUCAGAUGUCGCUCGGCUUCCUGCUCUGGAUAUGAGUGGUUCAACCAGCAACAUCUUUCUAUCGGACUUGCCAAAUCCGGCUCAGGUUCAUCAAUCCCUGACACCCUUGAUUGACCAAAAUGUCGCCCCACGCAACCAACAAUGCCAGAUAGAGCAAGCAUUCACUUCGUCUGCUUGUAAACCGCAACUACCAUACACGCCUUGUCAGUCAGUAGCUGAUGGCAGCCUCGCCACGUCUGCGGUUCGAACACAGGUCGAUAAUGUACCUCGCCGUGCCGCUCUACAGCGACAGCAUGCGGAGGGCCCAAGACCUUCAGUGGCACAACUGAGGGCCCGUCUUCGCUCCCAGUUACCGGCUUUGGAUAUUAGUGCAAUGGGAAACACCACAGUGGCCAACAUGCCUUUGGAUAUGAGUGCAAUGGGAAGCACCACAGUGGCCAACAUAUCUUUGGAUAUGAGUGCAUUGGGAACCACUGCACAAGGGUCAGCGUCUUUGGACAUGAGUGCACUGGUAAACACCGCACCCGGGUCAGCGUCUUUGGACAUGAGUGCACUGGGAAACAUCGCCGUGGCCAACACUAACAACGACGUCGCCUGCUCAAGCAUCUUUAAAAAUUGUGAGAGCCCAAUCAAUAUUUCAAGGCCUAUAGAAUUGGACAUGAACGUGAACUUCCUGAACCAGUCAAAAGGCAGUUCACCGCCUCUUCAAUCCUGCUAUGGGGACCUUCAGACACCGCCAGUGCCAGCAUCAUCGCUAGGAUCAUCACAUCUUUCCCUGUCGAGUACUGAUCAGGUUUCCCCAGUUUCUCAAUUUGGUCUGUUUGGCUCUUCCGACUUGGCUAAUGUAAUGCAGCAGGCCGUCAUACUCGACAACGAACAAAAGGAGAAGAAAACCCAAGCGAGACUAGUGAAACGCCGCAACCGAAAUAAGCUGGCCGCCUCGCGUUGCAGAGAGAAGACGAAGAAGAAGGCUGCAGAGGACUGGCAGAAAAUGCAGGAACAGGAAGAGACAAUAGAGCAACUUAGGAGGAUAGUAGCCAGCCAGAAGAUCGUAAUUGACCACUAUCCGAGGUGUGCAGCAUGUGGUGUCCCUCCCUCACAAUGUGCUGUCAAUCUUUCACAGUCAUUGGACUCGGCAGCAUCCACGGAGAAUACAUGUACAGUCAAGCAAGAACUGGAUCUCGCUGGCAGCCUUUCUGACCUGUCUUGAGAAAUCUUCAGUCGUACUACAGAACAGUUUAGUUAAAUUAUGAAGUUGAUUCACUCAUCACUUCUUUCUCAGUCUAGUGGUUGUGAUAAGAGACCAAGCUUACAAAUUCCAUGAUUCAUGAACUUUUCAACAAUAAUCUCCAACAAAAUGUGAAGUAUAGGAAAACAAAAAAGCAAGACAUCCUAUCUGGAAACGCUGUUGCUUCUCAGGAGGAAUGCAUUGACAAAUUUACUAACUACUUCAAAGUAAUAACAUCUGACAUUUUAGCAUUUUUGAACUAUCAAAACCUGCGAUUAAAACACAAUGGCAAUAAUGAUUAUAAGUAAAACAGAAACCUGUACUUGCUGCACGCUGCUGAAUUUAAAGGAUAGAUGCAAAUUAUGGUAACUUCUAAGCUUAAUCAUUUUGGUGUAAUGACUCUUCUAAUGGAUGCAAUAAUUCUUCUCGUAUUUUCAUGGAUAUUUUCAUAGGCGACAUAAACUCGAUCCUAAGAUAACUUUUCAACGUAAUACGCUCAAUUCACAUUUCAGUUUGUUUGCAAUACUGCCAAUAGGUUAAGAUAUGUACCAUCUAAGAUGUAAACAAUGUUCAAUGUGCAUCUUAUUGACAAACAUUCCGUCUAAAGUAAGUCUAUGCGUAGAUGAUUUUUAAAGACUUUUUUUAACGUUCACGGUUCAGCUUGGACUGACGAUGAGCAUUUCAUGCCCACAUUUGCCAUCGAUUGAUAUUUCCCGUGUUUCCAGACUGGUUUUGAUUUGAAUAAGACUAUGCAUAUAGUACAGUC